GUAGAAUUCGUGCUGGCUAAGGAUUCAAUGUCCAAAGCAACAACCACGCACGCACGCACACUCGGAAACCGAAAUUCCUCAGUACUUUCCUCCUUCUCUUUUCCUUAGCCUUUGCCUCUAACAUGUUACACGUAUGUACUUUGAAUUCCUUCCUUCUAUCUAUCUCUAUCUUUUCACAACAUAACAUUUUCCACCCACAACAAUAAACACUAUAAAUCUUUCUGUCGGACACAACACAAUUUUCAUCGUAUUUGUGAAAACAACCCUAGUACUUCACAUAAGUCAAUGGAAGAUGAGACUUCUAAAAGCUACCAAUCAAGGCUCAAAUCCCACUUAGAGCUCUUAAUCGAUUUUGAAGAGGUUAAUGGAGAUGAAGAGUUGAUGACGAUUUAUCCAUGUCCAUUUUGUGAGGAGGAUUUUGAUCUUCUAGAGCUAUGCUUCCAUAUUGAUUUGGACCAUCCAAUUGAAGCCGAAUCUGGGAUUUGUCCAGUUUGUGCCAUGUGGGUUGGCACAAAUAUUGUUGAUCACAUAACUGCACAACAUGGAGACUUAUUUAAGAGUCAUCUCAAAUCAAAAUCCCAUAAACAUGAUUCCUACCAAACCCUUUCCUUUUCAAGAAAGGGUCGACGGGACGGACACUGGAAAUCUUGCUCUGAUGAGUUGUCGCCUGUGAUGCCUACCUCCAAGACGACUUGUGAUCCAUUUCUGUCAUUUUUAUGUGGUGCAACUGCUUCCGGUGAACAUGAAAAUGUGCAGCUCGAUUCAUCAAGUGAAGCAAGCAUUGAAGAAAUACACUCACAUGAUACAGUGUUAGAAAGAGAUGUUCCACCAUCUUUAUCUCACAAAGACCAAGUAGAGAAAGCAAGGCGUAGUGAGUUUGUACAGGGGCUUUUGCUGUCCACUAUUCUUGAUCCCGACCUUUGACCCAGACAAAUAAGAAUCAGUUUUUAUCAAUUUGAUGGAAUAAAAAAGGAGAGUUAAAGAAGUUGAUGUCCAUCAUGAAGAGGAUACAUGAUAUAUGUAGGAAUUAUAUUUAUUUGUAUGAAAUGAAAUGUACAUUCAGGGGCUAUGAAAUUACAUUAGUUCAGGAAACAUGGCAUAUACCCUUGUCUAAUAUCUCUCAGGAAUUAUACCUUCCAACAGUUCUGCUUUGCUUUAAGAGUGUGAGACUGUGAGUGAGAGAGAGGUAAAGUGAGAAAUUUUACUGAGGCCUAAUGUCAGAAGUUGCAAGACCUUUAAGUUGUAAAAAUUGUGCACAGUGAGUGGGUCUAUAAUCAUAAUCAUAAUUGCCUA